AUGUUAUCAGCAACUUUACAGAAAAGUACUCAAGUAGUUGGCCCAAAUGUUGCCAAAUCUCUCAAGCUACUCGAACGCGAAAACAUCAAAGAAUAUUUCAUUCGCAAUGUUAAUAAAAACAAAGUUAUUCACGCUAUUUCGGUAGAUUAUCCAGAAACCGGCGAUAAUCCCAAAACCAAAAUCGAGGGCGGAUAUACCCAUGGAUUUGUCGCUGUCAUUCAUCAAGUGUAUAAUCAUCAUCAACAUCUUCCUGGUGAUAUUUUAACAUACGACAACAACACAUUUGAAGGUGAGUGGCUUGAGACUGUGAUUUCUCGACCAGCACAAUGGCAGCAAAAACAGCAUGAAUUUUUGGCUGAGCCGGUUAUUUGGAAACUAGUCGACACUUAUCGCGAAGAAAUCGACGAAGAAUUUUAG